UGCCUGUUGAGCUAGAAACCCGUCUGUCCUGUUGUAAGCUCUAUCAUUGUACCUGUAGUCAACUUGAAAUUGCUGCUCGUCCUAAUAUGGCCUGCGCUCUUCGGCCUUAUGAGGAAAGCAUGCAGGGUAAAUACUUUCACGACUGCGCUAUCCCGAUGAGCCGUGUGGGAAGACCCGAGGUUGGUUGCCAUUGGUCAUGUUAUCGCGGGGAUAAAUUGGGCAUUGAGGUAUGGGACAACACUCGAGUCGUGUCAUCGCGGAGGACGCAGAAGAAGUUGACUGAGGAGGAGCUGCAGGAUAUCGAUCGCAAACGGCUGAAAGGAGAACUUUCGUGCGCUGAAUGUCGACGCUUGAAACUCAGAUGCGACAAGAAGCUCCCGUGCGGGUCGUGCUAUCGAAGAGGUUGUGAAAGUAUAUGUCCUCUUGGCAUUUUGGCAGCGGGACAGGGCACUCGGUUUAUUCUUGCAGACACAGAGCAACUACAUGAGAAGAUCUAUGAGAUGAGCAAUCGGAUACGGCAAUUGGAGGACGCGCUGGCCAUCCUUCAGGCCAGCGUAUCAGACCAGCGGCACCCACUACUGACUGACGACUUGCUGAAGAUUAAAUUCGGAUCAGAAGCCCUCAAUGCCCGCGGCGAGACACCUCUUUCCAAGGACGAAGACGCCGUAACCACCAAAUCCAUCGAUGCUUUGGGCACGUUAACGCUUGGGAGUUCGGGGGAUGUCCAGUACUUUGGCAGGUCAGCGGGCUCGGAGGCUCUCAUGAUGGAAGCUGACGAGGAGAACGCUGACAGCUCCUCCGAUGAAGAUAACGAGCCGCAGCCGGCACCCACAGAGACCGUGGACACAGUCGAAAAGCUAGCCGACGCCUUCCCAUUCUCCUCCAAAGCACGGUCCAAUGCCGACGGAUUGCGGGCGAUCGAGUUGUUGCUACCCCCUCGCGAACGAGCAGUCCACUUAUGCCAGUCUUACAUCGACCACGCCUCUUACUUCUUUCGUCCCAUUGGACCAGACGACCUACGGGGUGACCUCUUUCCGACAAUCUAUGAUCGCAUUGCUGCUCACAAUCAAGCACGCUCCAGCGAUCCCGAUAGCGACGAAAGUUCCUCUGUCGACAAUACCUCUCCUCACUCGCUGGCCAUUCUCUGCUUUAUUUUCGCUCUAGGCGCUCUUCUCGAUAUGUCACAACCGCCAUUCAAUUCGGAAGCCGAACGGUAUUAUGACCUGGGGCGCGCAGCUCUGUCGCUACGUCCCGUUUACGACUCGCCGAAUAUCGAUUCUGUUUCGGCGUUGGGUCUCAUGGCUACUUACAACAGUCUUGCGGGUAAACGAUAUACGAGAGACAGUGCGGGGUGCAUCAUGAGUUUCGCUGCGAAGCUCGCACAGACUGUAGGAUUGCGCCGGGAUAGUGCGCGAUGGAAUAUGGACAACAAGACUGUCCAGAAGCGCAGGAAUCUUUUCUGGGAAAUAUUCUCGUCGGACCUGUCGCACGGUUUAGCACUGGGAAGGCCACCUUCCAAUCAUCCUUCCUACGUCGACUGCGAGUUUCCAAUAGACGAAGACGCCUCUCUUAGUUCAGACGCAACCGAGACGCAGGCUGGCUGCUGGAGGACGAAGCAUCGGUUCGCCCGCGACAUCUACAAUUCGGUCGCAGACGCCACCCUCAUUGCCCGGACACCCAGCUACGAUACCAUCCUUGACCUUGACAGGAAGGUUCGGGAAAUAUCUUUUCCCGCCUCGUUCAACCCCUAUGUCACAAGGGAAGCGGGUGCAGACAUCUUCCACUCCAGUUCGCUGGCGCUGAGGGAUUUCUACGCCAGUCAGAAUCGGACAGUCAGCAUGCUCUACUUACACCGAAGUUUCUUUGCGCAAGCGAUGCUCGACCAUCCAUCAAACCCGCUCCUCAGCCCAUUCGCCCCAUCGUUCUUGACCGCCUAUCGGAGUGCCUCCAUUAUCAUCAAAGCGUCAGCCCAUUUGUUUGAGCGGUGUGCGGCAGUGGCGAUGAGGUUAUGGUUCUUGAUGAAUCAUACGUUCUCUGCUGCUGUAAUCUUGGGUACAGUCAUGACUCGCUCGCCGACUUCGAAUAUUGCUUCGAUGGCCAUGAGGGACUUCAACCUUGCCGUAACCCUCUUCGAACGGAACGCAGCGCAGUCGCAGCGCGCGAAAAUUGCAUUGGGUGUACUCCUGAAACUCAAAGAGAAGGCCGGACGGUCGUACCAACAGCAAACUGCCGGACAGAGUCCCACAGAGUCCACUUCGACGUCGUCUGGUUCGCCUCCAUUUGGCCUCUCAGACGAUUUGGAAGAUGAUCUCGCUAUUUUCGGAGGUCAGAUGCGAGUACUGGAUAGGAAGGCAUCUGGAAAGCAUCACCAUCGCUCGAUGUCGUCUGGGGGUUCCGCGGGUGCACCAGGUGGCGGAGCUACGGCUGCUCCAAGCUCGCCGUCAUCAAGCACAGCGACAUCAUCGAGUACGGAGGUCUCGUCGGCUGCUAUUCCGGCAACCAUUGACGCCGGGACUGGUGCAACCUCUGCCUCAGGUAUCGGUCUCGGCCUCGGGUUAGGAUCGUUGGGCCUGCCAGAGGUUCAUCCUUCUCUAGUGGCGUACCUCAAUCAAGAUGCCGUGAGGAAGGUCGUGGAACGAGUGGAGACAGUACCGGCUCCGGCACAUCCUGCGGAGGCGGUUUUGGUACCCCCUGCUCCUGGACCGUCCACGGUGUCAGUGUCUGGGCAGGCUCAUGAAGGACCGGCCUACCCAGGUGCGUUCACUCCUGGGUCAAAUUGGCUCAAUGGCACGUCGCAGUACCUCACAGGUGGGCGAACGUCGGACGAGGUCGAAGAACGAGGGUUCGGGCAUAUAUCUCACCCUGCUCCUCACGCAGGUCCGUCGACGUCUACGCAAGGCCAGCAUUUGUUCUUCGGAGGACCAACGAGGCAUUGGAGCAGUGCGAUAAACUUCGAUGGGCUAAUGCCAGAACCCGGGUCGUCAACAGGGUUGCCAAUGUUUGAACCUUCGACAACAAACAAUUCGACGACAGCGCCUAUGCACAUGCACGAUACAUUAUUUCCUUCCUUCCAUCCGCUUUCUGACGCUCCGAUGUUCGAUGUCCAACACGCGACGAAUCACAACCCUCUCGCAAACCUCCCUCCAGACAUGGCUGCAUUAUUCGGCGCCGGCCCAUCGAACCCCGCCGCGUUUUCGGGGUUCGGGUAUCCCGACAUCUCGAUGGGAUAUCAAGGUAUGAACGGCUCCAGCAACGUUCCACAACCAGGUGGAUUCUAUCCACACGAUUUUGGUGUAAGCCCUACGAUUUCGAUGGACCACGCCGGUGCGAUUGAUAUGGGUUUAUCGAGCGAAAGUGGAAUGGAUGCCUCGUGGAUGUCGUUCAUGCGGGAUUGUGGGAUCAUGGACACGGACGGUUGAU